CGAAGGUUACCGACCAAAGUCUGUCUCGCGUAAAGACGACGGCACACGGCACUCGGCGAGGAGUGACACUCUCUCUUUUUCUCUCGCGGAAGGGAAUUUUCCAGUGAGAGACACGCAACGAGAGAAAACGCGUCCUCCGGACGACAGACGGCAAUAGAAAAAAAUAUGUCCGCAACGGAGAACGGCGGUGGCGAUGCCGCCGGCGGCAGCGACGGCGGUUGCUGCUCGAACGUCGUGAAGAAGCUCGGCUUGCGACCGGUCACCCGAUGCAACCUCGCCAAGUUCUACGCGCCGGCUUUCGGCGCCGCCUCGUACACCGCGAUGUCCGUCAACGUCAUGAACCCGAGCCUCGUCGUCAAAGUAUUCCCUAAGAGGGACAUUACGAAUUUCUUAUUGGCUGGCACUCUAGUUGGCACCGGAUCGUACAUCUACACACGUGAACACAUGAAGACCGCGCCGCAGUCCGUGAAAAUCCUGUACAGUGCUACCGGGGCGGUAUUGCUGAGUUUAGGAUCAGUCCUGAUGUGGGCUGUGAUACGUUCCAUAGUGCCGCCAAGCCCGAUUUGCUGUACAAUAGCCGGCAUCGGCACUGGAGUGGCGCUUCUAAAAAUCGGAUCGAGCUAUCUCGAAUUUGUGGACGAGCAAAUAGUGAAAAAGUAGGCUGCUCCUGUACACUUUCCACUUUUUCCUUUUCUUUCCUGGAUUUAUAUCGCGAAUUGUUGUAUGGAAUGAAAUUGUACUAUGUCGGAACGGAAAUUGUACUACGAGGGACAUGGCACUUCGUCACUUUUGACCCUCGAAUCAACUUGUCUCAUGGAAUUUUCGUUUCACGCGAGGUGAGAGAUUUAUGGAAAGUUCAAUAUUUGUUCCGUCAGGUUCCUGAAAUUUUUUCGGACGCUAAUUGUAUGUAAGUAAUAAUAUUUUUUUCUACCGUGAAUUUGAUAUACCGUGGAUUUCUUUUGGAAAACAAAAAGAUAAGAGAUAUGAGCCACACACUCCAAUACUCGUAUCGAUUCCCGAGAAUGUGAAUUGUCGUAUCGCACAGAAAUGUGUAUCGAUGAUUCUGGCAUUGGAAGUUACACGUUUUACGUGUCAAUAAACGAUCGUACGCUUUUCUCUUCGCUCGUCGACACGGUUAAAAAAAAAAGGAAAAGCAUUUGAUAAAUUGUUUGUUGAGUAAGAUGAUAUGAAUAAUGCACGUACUUUGCAAAAGUUAUAAGUAAGAACCCUUGUAAUUCCGGCGCGUUAGGAAGCCGGAAAAAGGUACAAGCGUCUUAUUUUUCGUGCGUUUAUCGACGAAAGUGUUUUAUAAGCUGCAUAAGAAUGCAUCGUCAUAUUGUAGAUAACUGUCACCAGUAAAUAUAUAUGAAUAUACGAAUUGUGACACGAUAGAAAAAAAGAA